AUGUGCAAGAACUUGAACGUGAAGGUUCUUCCGUAUUUCAACUUUUUCCGUGGGGCAGAUGGGCAGCUCGAGGCCUUCCCGUGUUCACUUGCCAAAAUAACUUCUUGCAGUUUCAGAAAAUUAAGGAUGCAAUCGAAGUACAUAUCACGGAAAACCAGUAGAAAAAUCCAGGAAAUGGUCCUUCUCCAUAAACUCGUUUCCGAGCAAGCCAGCUUUGCACGAAUCACAACUGUAGCACAGCUGGCUGGGGUCAUUAUUCCAGAGGGCACAAUCGGUAUUUGCUGCUACAUUUGGUGUCCCUACCCAAGUUGUUGGGGUCGAAUCCGCCGCGAAGAAAUCCGCCGCCGAGACGUACCGACCGGCGAGCUUGGUGCAGAUCUGGGAAUCCGCCAAACACGCCCUUAUCCUCCCCCAGCUGUCGCUGUCGGCGAUCCGAUCCCUGAGCCAGGACGAGUAACCCCCGAGCCUGUACUCGCGAGAGGCCAUCCCGUCGACCGGGUACGCGCCGUCGGGGCGCGUGACGACGAACGCGAGCACGAGAAGGGCGAGGAGGAGGACGAUGAGGAUGAACAUACAGACGAGGUAGAGGCCGAGGAGGCCCUCCUUCUUCCAGUAGGCGCCGACGAAUCCGGCGAGGGCGACGAGCAGGAAGGCGAGGCCGAGGACGACGAGCGGCCACCGGAGCCAGUGGAUGCACUCGUUGUCGGUCUGGGCGGCGAGCCAUAUGCCGGAGGCUAUGAUGGGGACGGAGCAGAGGAGGGCGACGAAGUUUACGAUGGCGGUGAUGUUAUUGCUCAGCGCCAUGGGCGGCGGCGGGGCGGUGGAUUUUUGUGGGUGAAUUUGGGGGGAAGGACAAAAGCAGUGUAA